CCAGGUUGACAGCGUUUUUGUAGUGAACAAAUCUUUCAAACUGCGAGGCUGUGUGUGCGGUCAGUUCGGCGAUAUGGCGGUUAAAAGCUCUCUUGUUUUAGCCUGUAGGGAUUAAUGUCCUCCCGCUGAACGUUUAACAGAGCAUAUCAAAUGGCUGCAAAGAAUCCAAAUCCUCAGGAUAUUGGUGAAUUUGAUCGUAUCCGGAAGGAAAAUGCAGUGCUCCGAGAUGAACUUGUUAACAUGCGCGAAGAAAUCUCAAGUGAACGACACACUCAUGAACAGUUGUUGAAAAGCUUUCAAGUUCGACACAAUGAAGAUUCGAGGAAACUACGGGAGGAGAAGAAGCUCACAUCGAAAUUAGCGGAGGAAAAUGGAGAACUUCGGUUGGAGCUUAAAGCUUUUAGGGAGCGUUCUCUGGCAAAUGGAAGGGAUCACGAAAAGUUACAGGGGUCAGAUGUAAACGAAAGAUUGUUCCAGGAACUCAGUGCUAUGGGGAAACGGCUUGGAUUACUGCACAAUGAUUUACUCUCAAGUCCUGCUCUGAAAAAUUUGGAUGGAAGGCAUGCUGCCAAACGAGGUGAGAGAGGAAUUUUGUUGUGUACUUCUGAAAAGCGUCGCUUCAGUUACUUCCAAGCUUUUGAAUUGUUUGUAUCAAUUGCAGGGUUACUAAAUACUAAAGUUAUCUCGUGUAAAAGGAGUAGAUUAUGGUAGAUAAAGAGUCUUAAAAGAGGGGAUGAACUUAAUCGUUCUGCAAUAUGUGGGACAGCAAAUCACAGAUUUAAGAAUGAUAUGGAGGGUAGGCUAGAAAGUGAUACCAAUUGAUCAAAGGUUCGAAACGCACAUUGGUAGCAGAGGCACAGACUGUCUACCUCCAACCACUACUGUGAUUUAGAAGCAGUAAUAAUGUUUCCUGAGAAGAGAAUUCUUUGUUAAUUAGUACGUCAUCUUUAUGUCGGCCUCUUAAAGGGGAAAGGUGGGAAUUAUUAGUUAAUGACCAACUUAAAUUGGCCCCAAGGAUCUACGCAUUGCUUGUUUGUUGACAUUGGGUAUAAAUAGGGUAGUUUUGAAAUAUGAACUGGGCUGAAACAGAGCUGAAGUAAUUUUAAAAUCGUGGAUGUAUUCUGGGCUUUGUAAUGUCAUUAGUUGAAACUUCUAGUCUGGUAUCAAAUAUCAAAUAACGCAUGAGAUUAAGAAUGAGGUAGAUUAUGUACUAGAUAACAGCAGACGCGUAAUGUAAUUAGUAUGGAAAGCGUUGUGCUUCUGAACUGUAACAUUCUUCGUUUCUUAUCUCUGGAGGUAAAUUUCUAUCAAUUAAACUUGAACCAAACACAAAUUGAAAGAAUGUGAUGAUUUCAAAUUUCAUUUUUUGUGAAAGGUUGAUGUUUAUAGGCAAGAUAAAUGAGUGAAGAAAAGAUUGUGCAAAUUGAAGAUGUACAGUAUUCAAACGCCGCAGGAAUGUGUUCUCUACUUUUUGUUUUGAGAUUCUGUUUGAAUUAAACUGAAGAUUGAUUUCAUUGAAUUGAAGAAAAAAUAUAUAAACCCUUACAGUGCCAUGAGUGACCAAGACAACUUUUCCAUAUAAUAUCAACAUUAUAUCAAACAGACAAGUGAUGAAAAUAAAGGAAAAUAUCAAUUAGGGGAUUAUUUGUGGAUCCAAUACCAAAUUCUUUGAACCAACUUCAUAAAAAUUGUAUGACAGACAGUAAGGAGAAUUACAAUUGAGAACUUGGGAGUGAAAAGCUUAAGAGAACUGGAUGCAAAAGAAAGGAAAAAUAUGUAAAACUUAGCGAGAAAUACCAUCUGUUAUUUCAAUGAGGUAUUUUCUAGUUUGAUGUGCCAAAAAUGUAUAAUAUCAUAUACAGGUGUUAAAAAGUGUACAAUUUUUAAUACUGUGUGGGAUGAAAAUUGAUAGAGAUUUGCAGAUACCCUAAUUUUGUGUUUGAUUGGAAAAACUUCUGGGUCCAGUUGUAGAAAAGGGUGGAUAAUGCUAUCCAAAGGAUAAAUUGCUAUCCAGGGCAUAAGUGUUGACAAAAUGUACUGUGCUAUCAACUGGGUAAAGAUUUAUUCAGCAGAUAAUGUUAUUCACCCUUUGAACAACCAGGUCCUGCAGUUUUUACUUUAUCAAAAUAUAACAGAUAUCCUCAGAGAGCUGUAACUUCCAAAGGCAAAUAUUCAUAUUCCUUUGAUAAUAAUUAUAAUAUCAUUAUAUUUUGAUGGAAUGUAGAAGCUGGAUCUGUUGUGAAAGACCCCUUAAAGAAACUAGGCACAGAACUGAUGAGCUUAAGAGCCCUACUAACAGCAAAAUCAAGCAUCAGGCUCAAUGGAGUUACAUUACCAGAUCAUAGAGAAGGUAAUUAUAUUCAGUAUAAGUUUACACCAAACAGGUGAAUAGUGCUUUUUGCAACCAUGAUUGUCUAUUUAUUUAGUCACAUUGAAUCAUUAGUCUUGAAAUAAGAGCUAUUUUGUAUAUAAAGUCAUGAGUUUUUCUCUUGAGUUGGAUUCAUUUUGUUCUUUCAGUUAAGACAAAUGGUAUGGCUUCAAAUUCAGUGAGUGGUAAUAAAACAAGUCUACCACCAGAUGACUUAGUCCAUCUCACUGGACCAAUCACAGAAGCUGCACUUCUGGAAGUUCUUCAACAAAGAAGUGCUGCAGCUGAAAAUUAUGUAGGUGAUAAAAUGGAAACAGUGACAUUCAACCUCUUCUUGUUUAUAUGCAUCUGAUGGAAAUCAAUGCUUCUUUACUUUUGAACCUUUAAGUACAAUGUCUAAAUUCCCAUUUCACCAGUGUGGUAAGUUUUCCCUUCACGGGAAAAUUUAGAAUAUUUGGUUCCAUAUUUAGGAAAUAAGUAUCAUUUGCUAUUUACAUUUUGUGGUGCUGAAGGUUCUGAAUAUCCAUCAUAUAUUAAUUAACCAUAAUAAAAUAAUUGAGAUACUUAAAGUGCCCUGAUUGGUCAUAAACCUAUCAUCUAUUGCACUGGUAAACCCAUAGAAAAUUGAAUUUUAUUUUGUAAAACUGCUAGACUACACUUUUGAUUGGUUUUCCAGUAUAAUAACCUAGUUGGAAUGUUAGGAAUAGGAGAACAUUUGAAAAGUUUUUAAAUCACUCACGUGGCCUCGACAGAUAAGCUCAGAGUGUUUAUUUUCUUUAAUCUCUUGUUUCUCUUCUUUUCCUUUUUCCCAGACAAAUUUAGGUUCUGUGAUGAUUGCUAUGAAUUCAUUUGAUCGAGCUCAGUCCAGAACAGGCCUGCCUCAGAGUUUCUCAGAUAAUCAAAGACUACAGACAGUUAUUCAAAGAGUGACAAGGAAGUUGGCUUAUUCCAGUGCUCCACAAGUUAUUGUUCUAAGGUAGAUUGUAUAUUUCUUCCAAAUAAAUUUGUAACAACACCAUACAGGAUAAUCUUGGUCUUGAAAUUUAGAACAGUAAUGAAAUCUCUGAAUGAUGAGAAAACAACAACAACAAAACACAUCAGCAAUCUAUGAUCACUACUAACAGUAGAGAUAACCUAUGUAAAGCUAUAACCUUAAUGUCUUUGCCUGGACCUCCUAAUCUGGUGAGCGAUACACAAGGCAAGAGGUUAAUUUUGCACCUUUCACAUAAAAAAUGAAAUUUGUUUAUUUUUUAGUGGGAGUGGAGGUAGUGGGAAGACAUUCACAGCCCAGGCUCUUGUCCAUCAUCUCUUAGAACAGGCUGGGGGAGGAAUGGAUUCCGAUAUCUGUAAGGUUAGAGUAUUUAUAUUGUAACAUCCAUUACACUGUGGAAGAUUCAGUGGGUAAAUAUGCUAAGAAAGGAGACAUGUGUCAGUUACUGAGGUGAUCUACUUUGAAAUAUGUAAUCAGCCUUUUGGGCAACAGUGAUAUUAAAAUCAGGAAUAAAUGACCAUUUAUGGAGGUUUUGGCCAUAACAUCACUUACUGAAUAUCUGGGUAUCUCGAUGUGAGGUAACAGCAAGGGAGUUAGUAUAACAAUGUAAUGAUGAAUGACCAUAAAUUUAGAGGGCUUAGUUGGUAUCUGAAUUCAUUGUCCUUUGAUAGUUAUAAAAUGUUGACUCUGUUUUAUCCUUUAGCACUUUCUGGCCUCUGUAGCUGUGAUCCAAUCUCUAGGAAACGCAAAGACCCCAACAAACUCAGAUUCCUCCAGAAUGGUAUGAUUAUGCUACUAGUGUAUUUUAUACCUUCCAUGUUUUUUAAGAAAAAUUUGUUCAAUUUCUUUUUCUUUAAAGUAGUUAUUAAUCUGCUAAUUGUCUUUCUUGAUGUCUUAGGGGACUCUUUUUGAAUUCCAUCUGUCUGAUGGUUUGAUAUCGAGAACCAAACUCCAGUGCUAUCUCCUUGAUUCUGUAAGUAUCUGCAAGGUGUUGAAUAUGAAGGAAGAGUUUAACAAAAUCUUAAUCCAUUUUUCAUAUCAUGCUUCUGAUCAAAGCCAUAAUACACUUUCAUAUCAUGCUUUCUGAUCAAAGCCAUAAUACACUGUUACCCUUACCCCAUGGAUGCCUUGUUAAGGGUGUAGGGCCGAGGGAGUGGAGGUAUCACAACUCUUGUCCCAUCUUGUGUUGAGAGACUUUUGUGCAGAUGGGCUGCUGAUUAAACUUGCUGGCUGAGAAAGAGUUGAUUGCCUGCUAGAGAGCAAGCAACAAAUCCCACCAUCCCCAACAACAUGAAAAGGUUUGAAUGAACUUCUGUUUUGAUAAACUUUUUACACACUCGAGCAUCUAGGCCGCUGUUAUAAGGUGAGGAAAUUAGGAAAAUUUGAGUGAUUGCUAACCAUGUUGUCUUCCCAUGUCUUGCCUUUGCCAUUUUAUAAAUGUGAAGCGUGGAAGCCUUUCUGUGAAGGGGUUGCACAAGAUUGGGAACAAAAUGUUGUUACCAGAAUUCUCUUAAAGUCUACACAGUUCUUAUCAUUAGCUACAACUCUGAGAACUGACUUUCUGUUGCUGCAGACAAGAGUCGUAUGUCCACCAGAGAAGGAAAGAAAUUUUCACAUAUUUUAUCAGCUGUUAUAUGGGAUCACUCAGGAGGAAAGAGGUAUUGUAAAGAGAGGCUGUAUUUCAAAUUUAUUCUUGGUUCAAUCCUAUCAGUUCCAAGAUCUAAAUAACAAUUCUCCACACUGUUUGCCAUACAUUUUUUUGAAAUUUGAGAACCGAGAAUUUAGUGUUAAAUCAAGAGAAAACUUUAAAUAUAAUUUUUUUGUUCACUUUUCAUCACAUUUCUUCAGACUUCACUGGUUGUAUAACACUGGGCUACCUCAACUUGCCUUUUUUCUCUUCAUAUUUUUUAGUUAAGCUUCAUCUUCAAGGCUACAGUGUGCACACUUUGUCUUACCUGAGUAGCAGUCCCAUUCCUUACAAUGAAGACGAGGAAGUGUUCAGAGCUAAAUUUGAGCAGUGGAGGGUAAUUGUGAUCUUCAAUGAUUGUUCAUUUAUAUAUUUUAUUACUAUAGUUGUUUUUAUGUGUAGUUUCAAAACACACUGCAGAACUACACAAUAGCAUAUCUAAUAAGUUUUUAAUGAUCAAAUUGUUAUACUUUGUAAGGCAGGAAAAGCAAAUAGAGAAUCAGCUUGUGACAGGUCUUGUGUGAGGCUUCCAUUAGAUUUCAGUACAAAACAACCAACUAUCCAACAUACAAUGUCAAAGGAUAUUUGUAAUUGAUUUGUGCAUUAUUUCUACUCUAUAUAAUGUAGUUAGAUGGUCCAUGUCAGUAAACCUUGCAUCCUUUGACUCUUGGUCUUGACUAUGCAUAUUUUUUUUUUAAUUUAUGGACUACUUCUUUUUUAAGGGAGCUCUGGCCUCUCUGGGUAUCCCUUUUGUGGAUGUUCUCAGAAUUUUAGUGGCAAUUCUUCUACUUGGAAAUGUAGAGUUCGUUGAUGGUGAAGGUCUUGAACUUGAUGUCAAGGGAAAUAAUGGUAGGUGUAAUAAUUUCAAGUAUUAGGGAAUAAUCCAGUCAUCAAACGAAGGAUUUAAAUGAGGGUACUAAAGGGUUGAAAAUAUUUCUUCUAUUUUUGUCAGAAAUCAAAGCUGUUGCUGCUCUUCUUGGUGUUUCUGGGGUUUCAUUGUACAGAGGUCUGACCACAAAAACCAAGAAUGUGAGGGGACAGAUUCUUAGAUCGCUGUGUGACUCUGUUACUGUAAGUUGAUCAAAGUUUAGGUGUGUAACUAAUUGACAAUCUCUUUUAUCCUAAGUGCUCAGCAAGUGGAAAUGUACCUAAUGAGUAACGAAGAGCAGUCAAAAUUAUGCAAGACUGGAUUAUGCAAUAUUGCUUAAUAGCAAGUUUCAUAGAAAUCAAGAAGGGAUUCAAGUGGAUGAGUAAACAAAAUCUCCAAUAACCCUUUGUCUCGAAGUGACAUUCAACUCCAAAUCCUCCUCUCUAUUCAGAGUUGACUCAAAGGGUCUUUUGAUUCCUUUUUGUUAGGCAAAUUCAAACAGAGACAGUCUUGCCAAGGCACUGUACUGCAGGACAGUAGCUGCUAUUGUCCGACGAGUCAACAGCUACAAGAGACCUGCAAGUCUGAUGUCAGUGUCACCCCAAGGAUCUUAUGAGUCAUUGCGGACUGCAUCCAGUUCUCCUGGAUCAAAUGGGUCUCUGGGUAAAAGUCCACUUACCUCCAGCAAUGGUUUGCUAAUGGCAUCACUUCCUGGUAUUGUGAAAUUUGAAACAUUGAAUUGAAAAUUAAUUUUCUUUGGAAUUUUGUACAAUAUUGUGUAAGUAAUAAGUUAGACAGUUUCUUAAGAUAUAAUAUAACUUCAUUUUUUCCUUUUGGUGAAAACUGGGGUAAUAUAUAUUUUUCCUUUCAUUAUUCAACUGGUAGCAUGCAUGUCCUUCAAGACUAGCAAGAGUAUCAUUAAGGUUGUUAAGCCUGCUAAUAGAAACAUGUUAAGCUCACCAAAAUAAAUUUUUAUUUUAAGAGGCCAGAGGGUUUAUGGAUUUCACUAGCCUUACAUCAGAAAGAUAACUUUUUUAGCAUAAAAAUCUGAUGUUUAUGUUAUUACCUUCAAUUUAUUUUCCAUCUUGUUUGAUAUUUUAUCAGUGAUUACUCCCCCAUCCACUCCCAGCCUGGAUGGUAGUUUCCAGUUCACCAAGGGAGCCUCUGGACUCAUCGGCAUCAUUGAUAUGUUCGGCUUUGAAAACAGUGAGGUAUGACGUGGAUCAAUAACUGUCAAUAAGUCAAGGAAUGUACUAGGCAUGGUGAAUAUCAUAGCUACAAAGUUAAGUGCUUAUUGCCCUCAACUUGCACUUCCAUGUUGCAUCAGGCUGAUAAUUCUUUGGAUCACAAAUUUUGAGCCAUUGGGGGUCUCCCCUACCUGUCCCUCUUUUUGUUACCAUAGUAACCCCCCCUUCACCAACACUGACUGGAAGAAUCUUUUUAAUGAUUAGUCUCUCAGGUGUUUUAUACAAGAAGAGUAUGCCCUUCACUAUCUGCUGGAAUCUGUUUUUGUCAAUUCUGGGUGUCAUUGAUUUUUUUUUUGUCCUUCUCUUGUAAUAGGUGAAUCAACUUGAACAGCUCUGUGUAAAUCUGUGCUCUGAAACAUUACAACAUUUCUAUAACACUCAUAUAUUCAAGAGCAGAGAAGAGUACAGCAGGUAUUGCUUCAAAUCUUUUUUUCUUUUUAAGCUGCGUCUAGAUUUUUUUUAACAUUUCCCUCUCUAGGAAGGAUCCAAGAUCCAAGCCUUAAUUUUUUCACCUCUCUUCAUUCUACAGGGAAGAAGGUGUUCUUUCAGAUUUUGGAGUGGAUUACUUUGAUAACGCUCCGUGCAUUGAGCUACUCACUUGCCAGGUACGUUAAAAAAUGCCUGAGAGCAAUUUUAAAAAUAUUUUUCAAAAAUAUUGAAAGUGAUUCGGGAGUUUACUGGUUUGCUUCUCUGUUCUCUAAAACUGGUCAUGCAAACUCUCGCCAUUUUCCGAGCCAAUCAGGUGCAAAAAUGAAACAAAGUGCGUCUUGGUUAUUUGCGUUUUCCCGCGUUUGAAGCGCUCUCUGUUUCCUGUUAUUGGUCCAGAAACUUCUCGUUUUUUCGCCGUUUUCUUAACCAAUCAGAUGCAAAAGUGAAACAAACCGCGUCAGGGUCGUCCGCGUUUUCCCGCGCUUGACCACAUUUGCAUAUAAUUGUCUUGAGUUCUUGUUGACCUCUUGUAAUGUUGGCCUCUGUUCUGUUUGGCGAUAGUCAUGUACAUACUUUAGUUUCCUUCGAAAGGCAUCCUGUAAGCUGUCAAUCCGCCCUAUCAUAAAAUUCUUAUCUGAUGAUUAUAUUUAUUAUGAUUACAACCUUUCGUUGUUGCUAGACCUUAAGUCUUAAGGUCAAAAUACGCCAUUACAUGUUACCCCCGGGUUCAAACCAUUUACUGGAAGAUCUUACUUUGUUUGGUGUCGAAUCGAAAGCUAUCAUAAUUUUCAUUUGACUCUCUUUAUUAUAGCGUGCUGGGAUUUUAACAGUGUUGGAUAAAGAAAGCUUAUUCGCAAGGUAAGAAGGUGAUCGCGCUUUACAACUCUCAUUUUAUGGAAAAGUCUUCUUUUUCCUAAACAGUGAAGGUCUAUGUUUGUUACAUUCUUUAAGAACCAAUUGAUUGACGAAAGUAAUUUGAGAUUGUUUUGGUUUUCCUUACCUCCAAAAAAUUGGUUCAGAAAACUCGCGCAAUCCGAUCCCCUCAACCAUUUAGAUGCAAAACCUAAAGCAAUCGUGACUUAUUAGUCAUUCGCGUUUUCCCAUGUCCAAGCAGUUUGCUUGAUAAAAAUCACCUUGACCUCUCAUUGGCCAAUGAUAAUGUCAACUUUGUGCUGAUUGGUCGCUAAGGAUUACUUUGUAAUUGGUCAAGAAAACUCUCGCUAUUCCAAACCAAUCAGGUGCAAAAACGAAACAAAGUGCAUCUUGGUUGUUUACGUUUUCCCGCGUUUGAAGCGCUCUCUGUUCCUUGUUAUUGGUCCAGAAACCUCUCGCCAUUUUCUCAAACAUUCAAGUGCAAAAAUGAAACAAAGUGCGUCUUGGUUGUUUGCGUCUUCCCGCGUUUGAAGCGCUAUCUGCUCCCUGUAAGCUAAGCAAAGCAAUCCCAAAUUACUUUCGAUGAUGUAAACCUUUGUUCUGAUUGCUCGCUAAGGAUUACUUUGGAUUUGGUUUUUUCGACACACAAAAGAACACUGCUCCAGUAGCUUUAAUCAUAACAAAACAUUCAGCAAGAAAUAGAAAAAAUUUAACCGUUCCAACUCAGUAGUGUUAAGGUGGAAAAACCUGUGACACGUUUCUGACAUGCUCGGAAAACGAGCUAGUGUUAAUAGACGCGAGAAAAGGUACACGUAUAUGAACAACGGUUAUUUUUAAAACAGUCUAUGUGUAAUAAAUGGUAAAAGAAAAACGGUAAAUGAGUGAUCAAACGCAAUAAAGAACUAGUAUAAAAGUUAUGGAUUCACAGCGAAGAUUGUAUGUUAGAUGGCAAUGUUGCGGAAGUAUCAACAAGGCUAAUAUUUCUUACAGAGGAAGCUACCAGAACUUCUUACAAAAAGUAAAGGGACAGCAUAAAGACAGCGAUAGGUAAGAUAAAAAUGUUAAUUAACGUUCGAAACAACUAUGACCGACGAAGAACUCUAUUUGUACCGAGAUUAAAGUAGAGGAACAAAAUAGCAUACUGUAUUUGUAUAGUUCGAUAUGGAGGUGGUCAGAUUCCGAACCGGAGCGGGUAGAGUCAAUUAAAAAAUUUUGUAAUUUCUUUGAUACGAUUCUUCGUUUCAGCUUUUUUGAUCCAGAUUCCGAGAGUUCGUGUUUUGGAGUAUCGCACUACAAUGGAAAUGUGAGUUGAAGCUCUUUACUUUCAACCUCGUGUCCAGGUUUUUUUCUUUCUUUUUCUUCUCUCCUCUCUCUCUUUCUGGCUUUAGUGCGGAGGGAAACGGGUAGGGGGGUAGAGGAGAGAGGUCCUGGAAAAGAGGUUACUUCUUCUUUUUGCUAACAUUACAGUGUUGAAUUGUGGUCAAACCGAAUCAAAGUCAUCACACCUUUUUCUGAUUGGGAACCUGGUAUGGGAGAGUUUUCUAGGACGGCGACGUUCUGAACGCGACGCAUUGAACGCGACGUUCUUCAGCACACACUGACUUUUAGUUCUGCUUCUCUGUAGGUCGUAUAUGAUGCCAGCUCUCUUCUUAACAUCAACAGAGACUCAAUUAAUGAUGACAUUAUAUGUGUGUUCUCAAGACAGGUUUGUUAUUCAGACUGGCUUCACCAGGCAAGGAAUUAGUAUUGCUUAGUAUUUCUUCACAAUGUUCCGUCAUGUGGUUGUUAAAAACGUGCGACCAGAUUAAAAGUGGCAAAAGACUAAAUGUAUAUUGUUAUUUCAAUCUCGAGGAAGACAGAAUUAACUUAAACGUCAUGCAACAAAGGUAUUCUGUGACGCCAAGUGUCUGUCACGUCGACCGCGGAGCUGUUUCUCCGUGUAUACCAAUUAAUACUGUUUUUUAGUGGCUCUUCACGCAGAUUUACAGAAAAGUAGUAGUGGUAUAUAACGGCGAGUGUUUUUUUUUUUAAUUUUUUUUUUAAGAACUGUAAUUUUGGUUUCGCUACGCAUCUUUUCACCAAUGAUUUGAAACCUCAGCAAGGACAGACAACUGCUCCCAAGGGGGUACUUUACAGGAUAUCACCUACCCCUGCUCAGGAGGCGCAAAGGUGAGAGACAAUCACAAUUAUUUUACUAUCCAUGAUUCUCGUCACGGCUUAAUUUGGUUUAAGGAAUACUGCUUUACACCAUCAGAACGUUGUUUUUCCAAAGGUUCAUUUGAACUCUUGUCAUUGAGGCUGUCUGAAGUGCGGGAAAGCGCGGGUAGUUACCAGGUUGUGCUCGGUUGUAGUUCGCAUCUGAUCGUUUGAGAGAGUGGUGUGAUUUUUCUCGACCAAUCAAAGUACAGUGUUAAAUAAAAAAAUAUUGCAAUACAGGACUGACUCUGAGGUGAAAGAAUGCUCUAAGCCGAAGAUAACAUGCUAGCCCUUUAGCCCCUAAGAGUGCCUUGCAUUUAACUUCUGUAUACAUCAUGAUACUACUGCUGAAUCAAACAUUAAGGCUUUGCGAAUAAAGGAAGUGACCACCGCCUCAAGAAGCUCUCGAUGUUUGAACAUAUUCUCCUUACCAAUAUAAUUGUAAAUGUAUAGAGAACAGUAUGGAGAAUAUACAUACGGAUGUUAGAAUGUAAAGGAUUAAAGGCGCAAGCAGUACUUGCCUCUCGCAGCAUCGUUUAAAACAACUUUUUUGUUCUUAAAUAACAGCCCCGCAGGAACAGCUGAUGCUCCUCUUCGUACAUUUUCUCAAGGAUUUCAGGUCAGUUUUCCAAGGGCUAAUCUUUUUCUUUAUGUUUUGAUGUCUCGAGCAAGAGUAAAAAGUUUGCCCUGGACGGUUACUGCGAGAUUCUCUUCCUCCUCGCUUAUUUAUCAAAUUUUCGUCUUUCGAAUAGAUAACCCUUAACUCCCGCGACUGACCAAGACAGAAUUUCUCCUUACAAUAUCAGUACAAUAUCAAACAGACAAGUAAAGAGAAUAAAGAGAACUAUCAAAAAAGAUAUUUUUAGUUGAUCCAAAACCAAAUUCUCCGAACUAACAUCAUAAGAAUUGUGAGACAGAUAGUAAUGAGAUCCUGGGAGGGAAAGGGUUAAAGAAACCCACAGUUUUGUAUCAUUAAAUCCCAUCGACGCCUUCACGGUGUGUUGUCUAAUUUUUCUUUCUACUUUUUUUUAUAGGAAAAAAUUGAUGGUCUCCUCAAAACCCUGGUUCAAGCGCAACCGACAUUUGUGAGAUGUAUAAAGGCAAGUUAUGAUUGUAGGCGUGUUUUAACUAUCCUAUUUUGUUGUUCGAGCAUUUUCCGAUUAAGUGUCGUAAAAAGAAAACAAACGUCAUCACGACAGCCAAUCAGAUGAAAAGAAAACAAACGUUAUUACAACAGUCAAUCAGAUGUAAAAAAAAAUACCUUAAAGAGCUAAUGAAAACUCAAGGUGAAAGUAACCAAACUGCCUAAAGCGCGGGAAAACGCGGGCGACCAAGUAGUGAUUGGUUGAGAGUGUGGCGCGAGUUUUAUGGACCAAUCACAGAGCGAAGUAAAGCAAAACCAACAAAUCUCAGGUAACUUUCCAUACUCAUUGCUCUACUUACAAUCUUGUGCUCUUCUGGUGACGCAUGAAGUUUUUAUUUCAUGUGUUCAGUGAAAUAAAAAUCUAAAAACUUUUUUAGUGGUCGGCACAAUUUUUUGUGCUCUACCAGAAGGGAGGAAAGGUGUCUCAAUUGAUACAUUUUCCGUCAAACAAAUCUCUUUUCACUCUGUAUCCAAAGUUAUCAACAGUACUCUCCCUCGGAAAGCAGCUAGUUUCAGUUAGUUUUAAUCUUUGUCGUUAAACUCCUGCUAGAUAAAUACCCGUGAGGAGCCAUAUUCCUUCGACCGUGGAAUUGUCAGCCAGCAGAUUCGAGUGUUGCAGAUAUUCGAGACUCUUCAACUGUUACAGUCAGGUAGUUAACCCUUAGACUCCCUUUAGUUACCAAGACAGAAUUUCUCCUUACAAUAUCAGUACAAUAUUAAGCAGAAAAGUCAUAAGAAUAAAGGAAAAUAUUAACUAGGGUGUUAUUACUUGAUCGAAUACCAAAUUUUCCGAACUAACAUCAUAACAAUCGUAUGGCAGGCUGUAGGGAGAAUUACUGAUGGGAUGUUGGGAGCGAACGGGUUAAACACAUUUAAAUGGAGUGUAAAGCGACUGAAAAUCCCAGCCGUUUUUCCCUAAGUAUAGAAAACGAAAAGAGCCCGUUGUUCUGUAAGGUCUUGAGACGAAUCGUGAUACAAUUGACGACAAAAAAACAAUGAAUAUAGAUCACAUGAUGCAAACCAUUUCGGAAGAGCUUUGCGUGUCCCUUGUCACUUUUAUCAAAAAGUUACCCACACAAAAUGCGGUUUAAUCAGCAAUUUCUUAUACAUAAUUAUCCUAUUUCAGCCCUCGCUAAUCGCAUUCGACUUGAAGCAUUCGCCAAGAAAUAUAGCUUUGUCUCACCGAGAAAAGUCCGGGGUCUGGAGGAGACUGGGUAUAAGGAUUGCAAAGAUAUUCUGGAGACGCUGAUGAGAAAAGUUGACAAGCCCAAUAAUGACGUCAUGUUUGGCUCUUGGGUACUGGGAAAGAGAUACGUUUUCUACAGGUAACUUGCAAUCAUUUAUUUUUUCUUUUUCAUUUUCAGUUUUCUCAAUUAGUGAGUCUUUCUUUCGCAUUUUUUUUUUUGAUGUAACGCUCAGAAUUUCAGUGCAAAAUAGAAAGGAAAAACCUCUGGAAUUAGGGAAGACGUUGAAACAAAACAGAUGGACAUCAUGAUACUUUUUUAAUGUGUGCCAGGCUUUGCACAAUAAUUGUUGCUUGUCGUGGACUUUUGUAGUGAGGUUGUGAAGCAAGAAUUGGACAAAUUAUACGAAGAAAGAAAAGUGAAGGCCGUGGUGACGAUCCAAUGCUGGCUCAGGAGAUGGAUCUGUCGAAAGAGAUGGCCAAACCUAAAACGUUCAUUGGAACUUCAGAGAAAAGGCCGGCAGGGUAGCAAAACUAAUCACAGGUAAAUAUUGUAAACCGAUAGCCAAAGGUAUUUGAAGAGUAGUAAGGAGGGAUAAGGUUAAGGUUGAUAGUGAAUUUGCCACGACGUCAAGACGCAUAGCUUAGAUUUUAUUUUUGUCCCACGUUCAUGAAGUACUUUGAUUGCUUUUUCGCGAUGUCGUCCAAGACUGUAGUUUGCUUCUCCCCUAACUAAGCCUCGUCGCUUUAACUCAAUAUCUCUUUUUACAGUCUUGUUCGCAGAUCAGUUUCCCUGUCGGAUGAGCUUCGGGUUGACACGAAGGCUGCAGACCAGUCAUGCUGUCUCUUCGGAAUCGAUAUGGUAGGUUGGCUUUCGUAAAGGAGAGAGUUGGGAAUACAGUGAUUCAUUUAGGAUUACUGCUGUUUAGUAUGAAAAAAUAGUUCGUAACGUAAGAUAGAGCAUUGUUUUUACUCUACACCGCUUUGUGAUCGAUCUAAAACAAAAAUACCGCGAAAAUGGAAACAAGGACAGAAUCUUAAGUUUUUUGCGGCCAUCUUUUCAGGAGACUCCCCCACCUUUGCCUAAAAGCCGUCCGUAUACUGUGUUAGGAAAUAUGAAGAUGGGGUUCCCACAAAAUCGUAUCAUGAAAAUGGAUUAUCCAGGUGAGUGGACUAUGUGCUUCAUUAUAAUUGGCAAAAUAAGAAAAUAAAUUUUAUUUAUUAUUUUUUUUUUUUACUGCCACCUUUAGAUGACGGAAGCGAAGUUCUCCUGAAGAAAGGAGAAGUUGUAAAGGUGGUUCGGGCAUCAGAAAAAAGAGGUUAUCUAGUUAUAGAGCACAGAGGCGCAACAGUUCACUUACCUUUUCAGGUUAUGGAGCUUAAGGUACGUGUUUAUUAUGCUUUGCCUUUGUUUAUCACUCAAGCAAUUUGAAACGUUGUGCGACGUGAUUGGCGAACGUGACCAUGGACGUAAUGCGUUCUAGCCAUGACUCGAAAAAUGUUCGGUUGCCUUAGUUAGUCUGCUUGUCUCUUCUUGCAGAUAACAAUUUAUUAAUUGAAUCUUUGUGCAAGUGGUCAUUGAAGUCUCGUUUUGUGGCGCCUAAGUUUUCCUUAGACAAUUUAACUCUUUCGUUAUCCGUAUUUUGCCUGCACUGUUAUUUUUUUUGACACCUUAGUUGAUUAAGACCUACUGGAUAUGUAGUUCUAACACUGACGCUAAUAGAAAUGUUUACUUGGGUCGAAUAAUUUACCUUUCUUCCCUAGAAUUAUAGUCGAAUCAUUCAUGUUAAAGCAGUCAAAUUCCCUCGAUAUUUCACCCAGGAAUGAUAGAUAAGAAUAUUUUGACUCUUUCAUUCGAGCUUUGAGGGACGAGUGACUCAAAGGGUAAUUUUUUCUAGAAUUCUCCGAACCCUUCACCGAGGUGACCAGGAUACAGUGAUAAGUAAAGACAAGUUAAGCUAUGGUAAGUUUUUUUUAACCUAUUUUACUCCGCAAAUACUACUGUAUAUUUUUUGACUCAGUGAUAAUCGCUGGAGUAAGUCUUUAAAAAAAAAAAAGUUUUUCGUUUUGUUUUGUCGUCUACAGGAAAUGUGAUUGAAGCUUGUUGGAGAGGGUUUAGCUUAUUACGUCAGCUACCCGUUCUAAUCUUAGAAAGCAGAUAGGACUAUGGCCCUCAUAAGCAGAACACCGCAAAGUUACGAGCUUGAACUCUAUUGAAUAAAAGGAAACGCAUCACUCGCAAAAACCUUGUCUUUUGAAAGCGCGUGAAGUAACACACGUGAUGUGCACGUGGACAUCGGCAUUGUGUCAGGAGUUAUUUACAAUUGGCUAGUGCUGAAGAUGGUUAAUCUGUGUACCUAUCUAUCAGCUGAAAAUCAACAGUAACAAUAAUGCAAGUACAGAAGUGGACAUAGCGCAACAUUUCUUGUCAGAUAAAAUUUACGAUAGCAUCUUGCUGAAGAUUUAGAUAUGUAUAUAGGGUGACAAUGUUUUUUAAGCUCUGUGAGUUUUUACAACCAUGGUGUAAACCUUGACGAAUGAUUUUGUGGAAUGAUUUUUCUUCCUAAGUGAAAAUACUGUUGAAAAAUAGGAAUAUUUUUGUAUGGUAUGAACAAAGC